CGCUGCAUGGCCGGCCUGUGUAGUAUCGGGCCCCGUCUCUGCGCCCUAGCCACGCUCCAUGAGACGAGAGAUCAUCUCCCAGUGUUAUCCCGAAUUCGAGACCGUCCAGCAUCGUUGGCAAGUAACCGAUUCAACGAGUAAGCCGAAAUUGGACUUACCAUGGCACUCAUCCUACGCUGGACCAGCAACUAACAUGUCAGCUCGGAUGAGGUGCAGGGGAUGUUCUAGGGGAUAUCCUUACCAUACAGUAUGAUCAGGAUCACGAGAACGAGCCCGUGGUAAGAAAUUCGAGUCAAGAAGGAAGUGCAAGCUUGAAGCUCAGGUUUGUUUUGGGUAUGUCGAUCGAUCGAUCGAUCCCGCCAGCGUUGUGAUCGAAUACGUGCGGCUGUGUAGUAUGUUCUUACUCGCCGUGGAUCGUCGGAGUAUCCGCGGGAACGAGCCUGCUUGGACGCGGCGUAGUAUGGGUUCUAAGAUGCACGUCCGAAUCCAAUGGUCAGAGAGCUACAGGCUGGCUUGAACGCUCGGGCAUCAGAAUGCUGCUUUGAGCAGACCAAGGAGGCGAUGCGUGCGAACACCUUAGGAGUCCGACAAACUCCGCGCCAGUAGCCGGUGGCGGAGCGAAUAUCGACACGUCGAGUCGACAACUUGGUAGUCCGUCAUUCCCCGAGUUUAUUGGUCCUCUGGAGACUCCCACUCAUUGGGUGGGCGACUACGCUCUUCUCUCAAACUAGCACUCCCCUGCGGCGGUGAAUGUUGUAAAGCCUAGCACCCGCCACGGAUCGUCAAGUGAUCCAUAAAUCGCGCAGGGCUCGUUCCUUUGCCUGAAGUCACCCCUCUGAGCGUCUCCGUGCAAAUUUAGAAUCAUCAUUCCGUCGCCUCCAAUCUUACUUUGCCUCGCAUACACACCGGUGGCUCGAUGACGCGAUGGCCGUAGCGGAGGUUCCUACCCAAUCAACCCAGCAGUCGACGCAACCAACGCAGGAAGCCUCUCAGGACAAGAGCCUUGUUAGCGUGGAGAUAUGGGGUUCUCUGAUUCCCUUCAAUCCGAGCAAUACACACCUUAAACGUAUAGACCUCAUCAAACUGCAGCAGAAGUAUAUCAUCGGCCGCAGCCGUCAGGAGGAUGUAGAUAUCUCGUUCCCGAAGUGUAUGAAAAUGAGUCAUAAGCACUGCAUGAUCGAGUGGGACGGCGAAGAGACGAGCUCCUCCGCUGUCAUAGUGACAGACCUCAAGUCAUCGAACGGUACAUUCAUCAAUGGCCAGCGCCUUGGGAAGGGCCAGUGCAAGUUAAUGUACGAUUGGAAUAUCAUCGGUUUCGGGCCUCCGAAGGAUCCCGCAGACGCGAAAGAGGACUAUCGAUUCGUGUUCCGACACAUGGCUGCCAAGCAAAGCCCGACGGAAGGCAUUUAUCGUUUCUACGACCUUCACCACGGGCUAGGCCAAGGGGCUUUCGCGACAGUGGUGAAAGCGCUCCAUAGAGUCGAGGGCAAGUGGUAUGCCAUAAAGUCCUUCCCGGGAGAGAAGCUUCAGCAAUUCCUCAAUCAGAAGUCGCGCGGUGUCGACUUGAUGGAAUCCACGGCCAAGCACUUGAAACGGGAAAUCAACGUACUCCAGCGUCUUCGGCACAGAAACAUCUGCCAGCUGAAAGAGGCGUUCAUCGACUCGGGGUAUAGCGUCAGCAUGGUCUUAGAAUACGUCUCCGGCGGAGAUCUGAAUGCCUACGUGAACAGACGUGAUGUGCUCUUUGAAUCCGAGGCGCAGGGCAUUACGUAUCAAAUAUGUGACGCCUUGUCCUACAUUCACAGCAUGGGUGUUGUGCACCGCGACUUGAAGCCAGAGAACGUGCUGCUGACCGAAGACCGGCCGCCGAUCGUGAAGGUGGCCGACUUCGGACUGGCAAAAGUUAUGGAUUCUCUGGCCAUGAUGCAGACUAAAUGUGGCACGCCCGGUUUCGUUGCCCCAGAAGUCUUAGAUCAGGGUCCUGAUGGCUACGAUCAGGCCGUUGAUAGCUGGAGUCUCGGAGUAAUGGUCUUCGUGAUGUUGACCAAAUGCCACCCCUUCCACCACGAAACUAGCUCCGAAGUCGAUUGGAAACUGCUAGAAGAAUUCAACAUAUCCUGGGAAGGGGAAGAUUUCCUCCACGGACUCUUGGUGCUCGAUCCGCGUGAACGCUUGACCCCUGCUCAGGCGCGUGAUCAUGCCUGGCUAUGCGCCCAGGUUACGAAAGAGCGCGUCCGACUGAUAGAACACGAACUCUCGCGUCGUUCGGUGGCGUCCCAGACGGAACCGCGGAAGCUCAAGAAGCGUCCUCGAGCCCUCCUUGAGGGAUUCAUGCAAAUGGACGCAGGACCAUCUCGUGCAGGGGUGAAGCGCAAGGCGUCCUUGGUAGAACUCGGCAGUUCCCUGUCUUCCUUAUCUGUCGACGAUGAGAAACCCCGAGCGAAGAGAGCACGUGCAGCGGAAAAGGACGGAGGUUCCGAGGAAACGAUCGUCCCUGAUUCGUACCGCCCUUCCGCUCCUCCUCGCUUAGUCUGGACCGCCGAAGAUAUUAAUCCUGACGAGAUUCCUGGACUUGGUAUGUGGAGCGGCUCAUCCGCCUGAUGUUGGUGUCCUCGUGGGCGCGGCUCAGGCUCGCGCUCGGACAUGCGGACAGCUAUCGGUUUGUUGCUAUGUGCUACCUUAGCUGUUGGUAAUCGUCGCCUUUUUUUGUGUAUAGCGAUUGAGUGUACUUCGUAACUCGCCAAUGCAACUUAUAUGGCAGGGCUGGCCUUGUCUCC